UCCUUUUUUGUGUGAUUUUCUGGGCGGUCUUGGUGGGAUUUUUCGUAUCCAGAAACUCGGUCUCAACGAGAAGCUGAUAAUCUGGGAAGCUGAGAAUCUUUUAAUUGCUGGCAAACCAAAGACUUUGAUCCAAAUCUUUCGUCCUUAUCCAAAAUCACUCUGCUUAUCUGCAAAUCAAGGACUUCUCAUUCAUCCAUGGCGCAAAACUAGUGAUCAUUUUCAUCAGCAUCCAAGAAACUGCCACAGCACUUCAAUCCUAGGAAUUUUUGCCAGAGUCAUCUCACCGGUAGCUCGGAAAUGGCGGAUGUUAAGCUCCCUGAGGAUGCCCUUUUUCUGGGAUUCGACAGUUCCACUCAGUCUCUGAAGGCAACUGUGCUGGACUCGAAUCUGAAUAUAGUUGCUACCCAGCUGGUGCACUUUGAUUCCGACCUGCCCCACUACGGGACCAAGGAUGGCGUCUACCGGGACCCCUCCGUUAAUGGCAGGAUCGUCUCGCCGACCGUCAUGUGGGUCGAAGCCCUCGACAUCAUGCUCGCGAGGCUCUCGAAGUCGAGCGUGGAUUUGGGGAAGAUCGCAGCCGUCUCCGGCAGCGGUCAGCAGCAUGGAAGUGUGUACUGGAAGAAUGGCAGCUCUGCAAUCCUGUCAUCGCUGGACCCUGCUAAGCGACUAGUGGAUCAAUUCGUCAAUGCCUUCUCGGUCAAGGAGUCGCCUAUUUGGAUGGACUGCAGCACAACGACAGAGUGCAGGGAGAUCGAGGAAGCUGUUGGGGGGGCGCUGGAGCUGUCCCAAAUUACGGGUUCUCGGGCCCACGAGAGGUACACUGGCCCCCAGAUCAGGAAGAUACACAAGAGUCAGCCUGCUGUUUAUGAGAACACUGAGAGGAUUUCCCUCGUGAGCUCCUUCAUGGCUUCUCUUCUGGUUGGUGCUUAUGCUUGUAUCGAUGAAACAGAUGGCGCAGGGAUGAAUUUGAUGGACAUCGAACGGCGGGAGUGGUCUGAAGCCGCCUUGAAGGCAACAGCACCUGGUCUGCAGAAUAAACUCGGAAAAUUGGCACCUGCCUAUGCUGUUGCUGGUCAAAUAGCUCCCUACUUUGUGCAAAGGUUUAAAUUCAACAAGAAUUGCUUGGUUGUCCAGUGGUCGGGAGACAACCCUAAUAGCUUGGCAGGUUUAUCAAUAAGCAAACCAGGUGAUUUAGCAGUUAGCCUCGGCACUAGCGAUACUGUGUUUGGGAUCAGUUCCAAUCCUAAACCGCAGCUUGAAGGGCAUAUUUUCCCUAACCCUGUGGACAAGGAAGGAUACAUGGUAAUGUUGGUCUACAAGAACGGAUCUCUAACUCGUGAAGAUGUUCGCAAUCGUUAUGCUGAGAAGUCCUGGGAAACUUUCAACAAAUACCUGCAGCAAACACCUCCCCUUAAUGGUGGAAAGAUUGGUUUCUACUACAAGGAUCAUGAAAUUCUUCCGCCCCUUCCUGUGGGUUUCCAUCGGUACGUCAUAGAGAAUUUCACAGGCAAAACAUUAGAAAGUGUGAAAGAAAGUGAAGUUCAUGAAUUUGAUCCUCCUUCAGAGGUCCGGGCACUGAUCGAGGGGCAGUUUCUGUCGAUGCGUGGCCACGCAGAAAGGUUUGGGAUGCCCACCCCUCCAAACAGGAUAAUUGCCACCGGAGGAGCAUCUGCUAAUACUACUAUCCUUGGCUCUUUAGCUUCCAUUUUCGGCUGCGACAUCUAUACGGUUCAGAGACCUGAUUCGGCUUCUCUGGGAGCUGCACUGAGAGCGACACACGGAUGGCUGUGCCACAAGAAGGGUGGAUUCGUGCCAAUAUCAGAUAUGUACAUGGACAAGCCAGACUCGAUAUCCCUCGGGUGCAAGCUCGCGGUGGCGGCUGGGGAUCCUGAGCUGGUUUCGAAGUACGCCGUGUUGGUGAAGAAGAGGAUGGAAAUAGAGAGCCGCCUUGUCCAAAAGCUCGGACGUUGCUAAACCAAUAAAGUUUUCCAUAUUCGUUAGGACUGCCUCUUUUGCCUUUCGUGUUUUUCUUUCUCUCGAUUUCAAAUAAGAGAAACUGAUAGGGGUCACCUGUUUGUUCGCCUGUACUUCUGUUCAGUACAUGGAUCUUCACAUAAUAUAAUACAUUAACCGAGUGUGUAUAAUGGUACUAUAAUAUUCUCCGACAUGUUUUUAUGCAAACUUUUUUUCGGAA